AUGGAGCUGGAGAACAGAGAAGCCACCCUAGAAAAGGAGAGUCAGGAACCAAACAUGUACAUCCUGGAGCUGGAGAGGAAUCGGAAGGUCUCAGCACAUGAAUUGCUGAAGUCUCAACAUGCAGGGCUGGUCUCAGAAAAUGAGAAAAAUCCAAAAAGACUGUCCAAGAAGUUUUCAAAAGAAGAUAUCCUUGGAAAAAAUCAAUAUAAAAGAUUUCCAGGAAAAACCAUGGCCUCAGGCACAGUUAAGACCAUGAGGGAGGAAGCCACCUGUCCCAUCUGCCUGGAGCUGAUGACUGAGCCAGUGAUGAUAGACUGUGGACACAUCUACUGCCGUUCUUGCAUAUUGGAAAAUCUUGAAAACCAGCAACAGAAGUCACCUUCCCGGAGAAACUUCCUGUGUCCGAUAUGUAGAGCAAAGUUUCAAAGGGAGAGCAUCCGGCCCAGUAAGCAGCUAGAAAGCAUCAUUAACACCAUUAAGAAAAUGGAGCAGGAGCAUCUGUGUGAAAAACAUGGAGAGAAACUCAGUCUAUUCUGCAGAUAUGAUGCUCAGCUCAUCUGCUGGUGUUGUGAGCGGACACCACAGCACGAACGGCACAGCACAGUCCUUGUUGCAGAUGCCUGUCAAAGCUACAAGUCUGAAGUUCUGAGUAAAGAAGAGUGCAUCAAGUAUAGGUUUAAGUUUUUUCACAUGAUCCUACACAUGGAGGAGGAAUCUUAUCUCUGGAGAUUGAAGAAUGAAGAAGAGCAAGUUCUGAAGAGGCUGCAGGAGAGUGAAGCCCAGCUGGAGAAACAAAGCCAGGAACUGAACAAACACAUCCUGGAGCUGGAGAGGAGAUGUCAGGGAUCAGCCCAGGAGUUACUGCAGGAUGUGAGAGACACUUUGGACAGGAUUUAUGCUAUGAAGUUAAAUGCACCAGAGAACGUCUCAUUGGAUAUUCACACUAUGCCUGAUGUUGAUAGCAUUUUCUGUGAAUUGAUAAAAUUGUUUGAGACUGAUUAUGUUAAGGUUACUCUAGAUCCAGAUACAGCUCACAAUGACCUACUUGUGGAGAAGAAUGAAAUCAUGGUAACUGGUGGAAGGCCCCAAGUGAAGCCUGACACUCCUGCUAGGUUUAAAGACUUACCCUGUGUCCUGGGUUGUGAAGCCUUCACCUCAGGCAAACAUUAUUUAGGAAUGUUUUAUAUAAGUGGACCUAUGUGGGAUGUCGGGGUGUGUCUGGAAAAUGUGUCAAGAGACAAUGACAAGACACGGGAUCCUGAGUCUGGAUUCUGGGCCAUCAGACAUUGUGAAAAUGAUAACUCUGUAGCUCUUACGUCUCCCCUAACACCUCUUUAUCUGCAGCAGGCCAUUUGUUUUAUAGGGGUUUUCCUGGACUAUGAGGCUGGACUUGUCUCCUUUUACAACUUGGAAACUUGCUCCCACAUCUUCACUUUCCCAAAGGCCUCGUUCUCUGAGCCUAUCAGGCCUUAUUUCUAUAUUAGUGAAAAUUCUUAUUUGGACAUUAAUGACCCAUAUCUGUAA